AUGAUGGCUGCGGAGGUCAGCAGUGAGGAUACGAGCACGGUCACGACAGGGACAGGGGUGGCUGGCGGAGGAGGCCCGGAGACGGCCCCUUUCCCCUACUAUCCCAAGCCUAACAGAGUGCGAGUUCCUGAUCUGGGACAAGGACCAGCACAACCCUUCCGCCAACAUUCAAACACAUCCCCGGACUCACUCCCCGACAUGAGUAUUAUCUAUCCCAUAUCUGCUGGGGAUAUGCCCGGACCAGUGCUGUCCGCAGCAGGGAGUGGCGGAGGAGGUGGACAUUCAGCUUUCCAAGGAACAGGCAUAGGGUCCGUGGGAGGCAAGUGUUAUUCUCCCACUUCUGAGGGUCCGGCUGCCAGGAUUUCACCCACAUCGACAGGCCCGGAUGGGCCCUCUGUCUUCCCCCCACUGCCACCACCUCCUCCCCCUCCUCCAGGCUGUGGGGGCACCAUGGAUGAAAGCGACAUGCAGGAUGGACCGGAAUAUGAGGAAGAAGAGGUGGUGUUCCCACUCUCUGCGCCUCCCACGAACCAGUGGUACCAUGGCAAGCUAGACCGAACCAUUGCGGAGGAGCGGCUCCGCCAGGCCCGGACCCCUGGCAGCUACCUCAUCAGGGAGAGUGACCGCCGGCCCGGUUCAUUUGUCCUGUCUUUCCUCAGCAUGACCAAUGUGGUCAAUCACUUCAGGAUAAUCGCCAUGUGUGGGGACUAUUACAUUGGAGGCCGGCGGUUCUCAUCUCUGUCAGACCUGAUUGGUUACUACAGCUAUGUGUCUUGCCUCCUAAAAGGAGAAAAACUGCAGUCGCCGGUGGCACCCCCAGAGCCUGUAGAAGACAGGAGGAGAGUCAGGGCCAUCCUUCCAUACACCAAAGUGCCAGAUACUGAUGAAAUCAGCUUCCUGAAAGGGGACAUGUUUAUUGUUCACAAUGAACUGGAUGAUGGCUGGAUGUGGGUGACCAAUGUUCGCACAGAGGAGCAGGGCCUCAUUGUGGAGGAUCUAGUGGAGGAAGUGGGGCGGGAGGAAGAUCCACAUGAGGGAAAAGUCUGGUAUCACGGAAAGAUCACCAAGCAAGAGGCCUACAACCUGCUGAUGACAGUGGGACAGGUGUGCAGUUUUCUAGUCCGGCCAUCAGACAACACACCUGGGGACUACUCCCUCUUUUUUCGCACCAAUGAAAACAUCCAAAGGUUUAAGAUCUCUCCCACCCCCAACAAUCAGUACAUGAUGGGGGGGAGGUACUACAACAGUGUUGAUGAUAUUAUUGACCAUUACAAGAAAGAGCAGAUUGUUGAGGGCUACAACCUCAAGGAACCAGUGUCAGUGCAGCACCAGGAACAAGUGCUUACAGACACAGUGGAUGGAAGAGAAAUUUAUAACACUAUCAGACGGAAAACAAAAGAUGCUUUCUACAAAAACAUUGUCAAGAAAGGCUACCUCCUGUUCAAUAAAGGUAAAGGCAAAAGAUGGAAGAACCUUUACUUCAUCCUGGAGGGAAACGAUGCCCAGCUCAUCUACUUUGAGAGUGAGAAAAGAGCCACCAAACCCAAAGGGCUGAUUGACCUCAGUGUGUGUUCCGUGUAUGGUGUCCAUGACAGUCUGUUUGGCAGGCCAAACUGUUUCCAGAUUGUUGUUCAGCACUUUAGUGAGGAACAAUACAUAUUCUAUUUCGCUGGGGAGGCUCCAGAACAGGCACAGGACUGGAUGAAAUGCCUUCAGACUUUCUGCAGUAACCUAAGGAAAACCACUCAGCCCACCUCCAACAAGAGACUCAGACAGGUGAGCAGUCUAGUGCUAUAUGUGGAGGAGGCCCACAAGCUGCCCGUGAAGUAUUUCACCAACCCCUACUGUAACAUCUACCUGAACAGCGUCCAGGUGGCGAAGACGCAUCCUCGGGAGGGGCAGAACCCCGUCUUCACUGAAGAGUUUAUUUUUGAUGACUUGUCGAGUGAAAUCAACAGAUUUGAAAUCGGCCUGAGCAACAAAACAAAGAAGAGCAAAGAAAGUGACAUAUUGUUCAUGCGUUGCCAGCUGAACCGUCUACAGAAAGGCCAGAUGAUCGAUGAGUGGUUCCCUCUUAGCUCCCAUGUGCCUCUGAAGGGCAUUGAACCAGGCUCCCUACGUGUGCGUGCUCGCUACUCCAUGGAGAAGAUCAUGCCUGAAGAGGAGUACAGCGAGUUUAAAGAGAUGAUCUUGCAGAAAGAGUUCCAUGUGAUCUAUGCUCUGGCCCAUGUUUGUGGUCAGGACCGCACCUUAUUGGCAAGCCUCCUCCUGCGGAUCUUCAGACACGAGAAGGCUGAAGCUCCUCUACUCAGGACACUCAACGACAGAGAAAUUAACAUGGAGGAUGAAGCCACAACUUUGUUCAGAGCGACCACACUGGCCAGCACACUGAUGGAGCAGUACAUGAAAGCCACAGCCACGCCCUUCGUCCAUCACGCUUUGAAAGACACCAUCCUCAAAAUCAUGGAAAGUAAACAGUCCUGUGAGCUGAACCCUUCCAAACUGGAAAAGAAUGAGGAUGUGAACCUGAAUCUGGCUCAUUUGCUCAACAUCCUGUCUGAACUGGUGGAGAAGAUCUUCAUGGCUGCUGAGAUCCUACCACCGACACUGAGGUUCAUCUACGGCUGUCUGCAGAAGUCUGUGCAGCAGAAAUGGCCGACCAACACCACCAUGCGGACGAGAGUUGUGAGUGGGUUUGUCUUUCUAAGGCUGAUCUGUCCUGCCAUUCUCAACCCCAGAUUGUUCAACAUCAUUGCUGACCCACCAUCUACAACAGCAGUCAGGACCCUCACACUGGUGGCCAAGUCAGUCCAGAACCUUGCCAACUUGGUGGAAUUUGGUGCUAAGGAGCCCUACAUGGAGGGUGUCAACCCAUUCAUUAAAAACAACAAACAUAGGAUGAUCAUGUUCCUGGAUGAGUUGGGGAAUGUCCCUGACCUCCCUGAAACCACAGAGCACUUUAGGACAGACCUGUCCCGGGACCUGGCUGCACUGCAUGAGGUCUGCGCCACACAUUCAGACGAGCUGCGAACACUGAGCAACGAGAGAGGAGCUCAGCAGCAUGUGCUGAAAAAGCUGCUGGCCAUCACAGAGCUCCUCCAGCAGAAGCAGGCUCAGUAUGCCAUGUCCAACAGCAACAGGACAGAGUGCACCAUCAUGUCACUGGCUGCUGCCAUCCAGGUAAUGUGAAUUAGAAGGAUUUCCAACUGUAAGUCAUAGUGUGGUAGUCGGACCACACGGCCCAUCCAGCCAAAACGAGGCCUCAGCCCGUGGGGCGCGACUGAAGACUUCCGUCUGUUUGUAUUUCUAAGCAUGUGGCCUCGAGUCCUGGCAGUUCUAAUGCAAUAUGACUGUUCUUCAUGGGGAACCCACUUGCUGCAUAUCUGAAUACUAUCCUUCCAAAGCCCUUCCCAAAAUGCUCCAGAUACCAAGAAGGUGUUAACCCAUUAACAUUUGAAAAAAAAAAAAAAAAAAAAGACUUCUGCGGAAAUGGACCUGAAAUGUCAUGUCGGAACUUCUUUGGCUUGUAGGAGCCGGGCCCUUUGGUUUCAUCUUAAAUUAUGUAACCGUUUGGACGUGACAGUUAAGAGGAGGCGAUCCAAAGCAGUGAAGUAGCAUUAUCUGCCGUCAUCAGGGAAUUUUAACAUAGCACCUCUCUCUCCAAGACGACACAAGCCUUAACUCCCUUUCUAUACGCCAUCAUCACGUUUCACGAGCUCUUCCUCAGAACCAUUACUGACUUCCACUGUCUUUGUUUGUGAAGUACCAUGCAGCCCUGGAAACACUUCUUACAUCCAUUUUUAUAUGCUGCUUUGUUUGUCGAUAUAUACUUAGGCUUGUAUAGAAGUAAAAGGUGUUUGUGUAUGAUAUAGCUGAACAGAGCUAAGGUAGUCCAAAAAGUUUGUAGGAGAUCUGUGUAACCUGACCUGUGCAUGUGCUAACCCUGAAUGGAACCUGCUAUAGUGUGUGGGCCUACAUACAUUAUAUGCUGCUCUAACAAACAUCACCUGAACUCCCUCUAAUGCCUGCGGAUGGGAACGAAAAGCUUUCAUGCAUUUUUGCAGCCUCUCUCUCGCUCUCCCGCCACUGUGGGUGUUCCAUGACACCUCUGCACUGACUGUUUUCAUGUAGAUCCAACCUGAGAAGUCAUGCCAUGCACAGAUUUAUCAACUUCUACGUCAUAUGAGUGGGCCCCCCCCGAGUGCCUCCUUGUGAUUCCAGCAGCUGCAAAGUCUAAAUCUGUGCCUGUCAUAGCUUGAAGAGUUUACCAAACUGUUUACUGUAGUUGCACUUAUGAUACCACGGACCUCACCAACCUCACCAAGUGUUACCAGACGACUGGGGACAAAGAAAUGAUCACAAACAAGCCUAAAAGUCUCCUAAGCGAUACCAAUAUCAGCUGUGCUACAUGGUAUGGAUGAUGUAGGUAGGAAUGUGGCGUGCUGUUGUACUUCCUUUCUGUGUUUCAUACAGCUGAUGAUGUGUUCCUUUUUAUUUUUCUACCUGAUACUGAACCUUGAACCUUUUGCAUCUUAGAUACGACAACCUGGCUUAAAUAAAAUACAACUUUAAAAAGCUGUUAUGGCAUAUAA